UAUUCCCAAUAAUUGUCUGAAAUUGAAGAGAAGGGGCGGGCUUGUUAAACUAAAUUCUAUAAGGCCCAAAAAUUGGUCGAGUGGGCAUAUCAAAACCAAGAUCGACUCAAAUAGUCGUCGGAGUUAUAUUGGCAAACCGAAUUCCUGUCUCCGCUCCGCGAGAAAGAGAAAGAAAAAGGAGAGAUUUUGUUUUGAUUGUUUCGAUUGACACAUUUCAGUACCUGCAACCUCCGAUCUUUGCCCUAACGGUCUGAUUUUAGGGUUUUUCUCCCACCAGCUUCACAGCCCCCCAAUUCGUCGCCAUGACUGAGUAUUGGGUUAGCCAGGGUAACAAGUGGUGUGACUUCUGCAAAAUCUACAUCUCGCACAAUCCUUCCAGCGUCAGAAAUCAUGAACUUGGUCAACGACACAAGGAUAAUGUUGCAAAGAAGCUUGCUGAUAUGCGAAAAGAAAAAGCUGCAAAGGAGAAGGAAGAAAAGGAAGCAGAGCGCGCCCUUCUGCAAAUCGAAGCAAAAGCUAAGCGCAGCUAUCAAAAGGAUGUGGCAAACUUAAAGGAGGCUAGAGAUUCUCGUGCAUUCGAAGUUGAUGAUGAUGAUCUAGAGAAAUGGCAGUAUAACAGCACAUCUGGUUAUUACUACAAUCAAAGUAAUGGUUUUUACUAUGAUCCAAAUUCGGGCUUCUACUAUUCUGAUUCUAUAGGCAAGUGGGUAACACAGGAAGAGGCAUAUGCGAACCCACAGUUCUUAUCCAAUGCUGGAUAUAAAGAAACCAUUUUGAAAAAGCCAGUGUCAGCCUCAAGUGCAGGAUCAGCUACAGAAAACAAAGGUGCUGAUAAAACUCAAAAUGGGCCUCCACCUGGGCCAGUAGUUUCAUCCUCUAUAAAUCCCAAGAGAUCUGUUAAAGGUGCUGCUUCCUCCGUUGCUGUUGGAAAGAGAAAGAGAGAUGAGAAGCCAAGGGCUGUAUCCGCUGAAGAAGCAGCUGCACUUAAAGCAAGGGAAGCUGCAAGAAAGAGAGUUCAAGAGAGAGAGAAACCAUUGCUUGGCCUUUACCGGCCACAAUAAUUUGGCUGCUCUAGCAAGUUCAUAUUCUUAAGGACCUUCACUCAAAAGGCUGUCAAAAUUAGGGGACUGUUGAUGUAUUCCAGUUAUUCUGUUAUUUGGUUUCAUCAGUAUUUUUUAAGGUGUUUCUAUGCAGCCGUCAGUGCCCAAGUGUUCAAAACUAAUUCACGUUUUAUCAGCUGAACAUCCUUUGGGGGUUUUCCUCUCUCGCUGCUGUUAGAUUUUCAGUUUUGAUAUUGACACUUUUGGGAUUGAUUGUACGAACUAGGAACAUUAUAUGUUUUUGGAUUGAGCAUUUUGCUUGAACUUUUUAUACAUACGUAUACAUAAAUAUAAUAUCAUUAGGAUCA